GGUUGAAGAACCCGUCGGUCACAUGUGAGUGUCGAUAAAUAUCUUAGUUUUAUCGUGAAUCCUUUAUUAAUAGUUGUAAUUAUUGUUUUCAUCACUCCUGACCGUAUCUAAAACUCGGCACACAACACAAUGGCAGACAUCGAGGAUACACACUUCGAGACCGGGGACUCGGGUGCCUCCGCCACCUUCCCUAUGCAAUGCUCUGCACUGCGCAAGAACGGUUUCGUCAUGCUCAAGGGGCGCCCCUGCAAAAUCGUAGAGAUGUCCACAUCCAAAACCGGCAAGCACGGCCACGCUAAAGUUCACUUGGUUGGAAUCGAUAUUUUUAACGGCAAGAAAUACGAAGAUAUCUGUCCAUCCACUCACAACAUGGACGUGCCCCACGUGAAGCGUGAGGACUACCAGCUGACCGACAUCUCUGACGAUGGCUACCUGACUCUCAUGGCUGACAACGGUGACCUCCGCGAGGACCUCAAGAUCCCAGACGGUGACCUCGGCACUCAGUUGCGCUCCGACUUCGAUAGCGGCAAAGAGCUGUUGUGCACUGUGCUGAAGUCUUGCGGUGAGGAGUGUGUAAUCGCAGUCAAGGCAAACACAGCUCUCGACAAAUAAACCAACUCAGCAUUUAUAGGGAUAUACAUACAUAUAAUUUUUUUACAAUCAACAGCUCUUACAUAAAUGUAAAACAUAAUACUAUGUAUAAUUUAACAUAAAAUAUUAUGGUGUGACGUGGUGCUGGCUUGCCGCCGUCCACUCCGUACCGAGGGCAUCUCAUGACGUACUCGCACCGGUCUGCGAGCCUGUGCCGUUGAUGCGACCAAUGUUUAAAGUUAAGCUUCUAGAGAUGUGUCUACUUUCCAUCUCGGGGUCUCUAGUCGUUGUACUGGGAACUCAUCGCUCUGUCCAUCUCGUCACAAACCCUUGGGACCACAGGUCUGGGCUUGAAUUCUGAGUACAUCGAACAGUUGGCCGUCCGGCAUUAUUUUUAAUUUUGUUUUGCGUUACAAAAUAUUUAUUUGAAAUUACAUGUACAAAUGCAGGAUUAUUGCACUCGGAUACAAUUUUAUUAAUGGUAGGACUGGGGUGCGCGUGAGACGCUGAUGCAUUAAUUUAUUUAUACUUAAGUGUAAUGUGCCCUCGAGUGCGAGCGAGUGCGACGGCAGCAGGCAGCCGCGUGCGACCGGCCGGAACUUCACGUUUGUUUUUGUUUUGUUUGUUCUCUUUCGCUUACAACGUCUACUAAACGUUAAAGUUGCGUUGCGCUCCGCGAGCCGCCGAACGUUUGUUGAUCAACAUCGGUGUGAUAAAAUUCCCCGUGGUGGAUAUUAAAUGUUAUAAUAUUACGGUAAAUAACCCGACAAAAGAGAUGGAUGCAAACUUGAAGUUAUUACCAUAUUUUAAUGCUAAAUUAAUUAAUACAUAUUAAAAAAAUCGGGAAAAUGCGCAAAAAAAUAGAAAUAAAGAAAAAUUCUUGAA